UUGGGAAGCUGGUCGUCGGCCAUCGGUUCCUCUGGAAAUGGCGGCGAGCUGUACUACAGAUUUCAAGCCGGUUACUCAUGUCAUCUUCGACAUGGACGGCCUUCUCCUCGACACGGAAAGACUGUACACUCUUGUGUUCGAUGAAGUCUGUGGACGUUACAAUAAGAAGUUUACAUGGGAGUUGAAAUCCACGAUUAUGGGUAUGCAGUCCAUGGCUGUGGCCAAAAUUAUUUGUGACAAACUGGAACUUCCACUCACUCCAGAGGAAUUUGUGAAGGAAUGUUCCGUUAUAGAGAAACGUCUGUUCGCUUGUGCAAACCUAAUGCCAGGUGUAGAGAGGUUAGUUCACCAUCUCAGCGAACACAAUGUGCCAAUCGCAGUGGCUACCAGCUCACCCAAGGAAAAGUAUAACCUAAAGACAUCCAGGCACAAGAAAUUCUUCUGCUUAUUCCACCACAUUGUGUGUGGCGAUGACCCUGAUGUGAAGAAAAGCAAGCCUGCACCUGACAGCUUCCUGGUCUGUGCUAAGAGAUUUGAACUUCCACCACCUAUUGAAAAGUGUCUUGUGUUUGAAGAUUCCCCUAAUGGAGUUACAGGAGCACUGGCAGCAGGAAUGCAAGUCGUCCAGAUUCCAGAUCCACAGCUUGACCCAGAACUGACAAAGUCAGCCACCUUGGUACUCAAGUCCAUGGAGGAUUUCAAGCCAGAGUUGUUUGGUUUGCCUGCAUACAAGUAGAAACAGUUUCUGGACACAGAUUGGGACCUCUCUCUUUCUCUUUAUCUGUUUUUUUUCCUCUCUCUUUCCUCCUAGACCACGUGGUGAAAGAAGACAUUUCAUGAACACAUCGGGUUUUGCUUAUUGAGUUCCACUAUUUCCCAAUUUACAUAACCUGUUUGGACACAAGCGGAAUACCCAUGUAACACUCACACCACCGAGGUUAAGACAAAAGCUGGAGCCUGCAGCUCCACUAUCAGUCAUGGGUGCGCUCUUAUGUUUCUUAGAUGUAGUUGAAACCAAACUAAGGCAGCCAAUAUGAUUUGCACUAUCAGGGACAUUCUUUCGUAACAGUGGAGCUGUUGUUAUUUGACAUGCAAGAAUUUCCUCAUGAUUAUUUGUUUUUAUUUGCAUUGGGUCUAGGUCACCAAGGAGCAGCUUUCAAAGUGAAAUGUGUGACAUGCAGGCACUGCUGAUUUGCCUUUCUAUAAUAUGUGCUAUAGGUCCCCAAUAGGAGAACAGUAAGCAGCUUUUUAGAAGCACAGAGCUCAGCUGCUUCACCAUUGGCCAGUACAAAUCUGCCAAUUACUGUAAAAUUCAUUGACAAUGGCAGAAAUUAUUUCUUAGCAUCUCUGUCGUAAAAGGAAAAUCUCAUUAUCAUGCCAGUGUUAUGAUGUCUUUCACCAUUGGGCUCUGUGUUACUAACCAUCUUUCCCCAAGUCAAGCUGAUUAUUCCAUUCCCAGUCAAAUCCUAGGUAGAAAAGAAAAAGUUUAUUCUUUCCUUAUGUUUUCUGAUUUGCUUUAACAGCUCUCUCUCUCUCAGCUCUUGAUUGUUUUAACACCUUCUGAUUGAUUCCCCUCAUAACUCAUUACUUGCCAACUGAUGUCAUUUUAUUGCUGUGCAAGGUAUUCUUCUUGAUAUUAAACUUGUUAUAAGACUGAAGUAGAAAGACCAAAGAGUGAGUGUGGUCUAUGCAGCCAGACCCACUCAAAUUAUAUUUUCCGUUCAAUCUGCUCAGAAUUUAUUGUACACUUCUGGAGCUGAUGGGACUUGAAUCUGGACCUCCUGGCAAGAAGAUACACUCAAAGGAUCAGGAUAGGUUGAUCUAUAGCGGAAAGCGGAAUGGAAAUAACAAUCAAAGGCUUGUGGUGUAGAGGUAGUGUCCGUAACUCCGAGCCAGGACACUUGGAUUCAGGACUCACCUGCUACAGAGCUGUGUCAGAACAUCUCUGAACAGGCCGAUUAUCAAAGAAAAAUGAUCAAAUGCUUUAAAUUGCAGUGUAAACAGCAGGGCCAAAGUUUGAAGAGAGAAACUUGUCUUCUAAAUCCCAGGAUCAAAUGUGUAAUUUUUACAGUAAUAUCCUGUACAUUUUUUUUCUUUGACAUUUUAAAUCUUAAGAACAGGUUUGUCUUUAACUUUGUUUCCUAACACCCUCCCAAUCCCAUCUCAGUGCCAUCUGUUAUGAUGCACUUUGACAGCUAAGCCACUCUACCUCGUUUUGGACAGCCCCCUCAUGGAGAUGGAAAAAGUUGUCAUUUCAUGACUUGUUUUUCCAGCUGUGAUAUCAGAGCUCCCACCUUUGUAUCCAAUUGACUUCAUUGCUGAUACCGGCCCAAUCCAUGCAGUCAUCUUGUGUUGCACACUGCUUCUCUCAGAUUGUGGCAAAAAUUACCUCAGAAUAUACUAUACAAAGCUGCAGGUGACUGUAAAUGGACUGGAAGUAUGUACUGCACACGGAAUUUGUCAUUUGUUCUGUUUGUGAUUGUGGAGAGUUUUAACGUUGAUACAUUACUCAGGGCAUUCAUUCCAGCUCCUACAGAUAUGUGCCUAGUGACUAAUGCUUUGCCCAGUGCUGAUAAAUUGAAUCUAUAACUCAUUCUCUAACACUCCAGAUAUUGUGAACAGAUGACUACGACUCCAAAGAAAAUUAUAUUUCCACUAAUUUUGGAAAUGUAAAAUGGUAAUAUUUGGGUUAUUCAGCCAUAUUGUUGGGGCGAGGGUAAGUUUUGCCCCACAUCUAACUGCACUGAACUUGAUGACAGAUGCUUGAAAUGGUGAAUUCAUGAUUACGGCGUUACCAUCCUCAUCUUGAGCAUAAGUAAUCAAACAAAAAAUGAACGUGCACACACACCUUUAAGUACUGACUGUGCUGUCCAUAUAUGUUUAUAGAUUGUAUUGUAUUGUUAAAGUGAGUGUGUUCAUCUUUAAUAGGUAUGCUAGAUAUGUCUUCUGUUUCCGAGGUUUUUGCUUUUGUUGUUCUAGUAAAUUUAUUGUAUAAAAUUUGCCUUUUAUUGGGAAUAAAUUUCUCUGUGACUGUU